AUGAGAACACAAUUUUUCCACCCCUUCUGCCACUGUUUUGAUGCCUCCAGACUAAAUACCGUCUUUUUUUCCAUUAUCCCCAACCGAACAAAGCAUCUUGUCUCCCGACAAGAACCGAACCCGAGGCCCUCGACAAAUCCCGGAGUAAACCGAAAUGCAGAAAGUUCUUUCAUUCUUCAUCAGUCAAACUCUAAUCAAUCCUUCUCUCUCCGACUUGCCGCUGAAGCCAAUCUCACAGGAGUUGAAAAAAUUCAUCCACAGUACCUUAGGAUGGCCGUUGCUGGACUAAUUCCCUGCCUGGUGGAGCCCGUUCCUCUAUCAUCCACUGGUGACAGGCUUAUAGUCUCAAGUGAUGGUGUUUGGGACCCUUUAUAUGCCGAAACAGCUUUCAAGUGCUGUCGAGGAAUGCCAGCUGAUGCUGCAGGUUCACAGAUUGUCAAAGAAGCUGUGCAGGUUAAGAGUCUUCGAGACGACAUGACGUGUAUUGUUGUGGUUAUCGAAUGUGAUUAUUUCUUUAUUUUUACCGGAGUUAAAUCGAAAGAUUCAACCCCCGGGUCGUAUCUCAAGGAAGAUUAG